AUGGCCGAUCAGAUCCGUGCCUUGCAGGACAAGAUGAGCUGUACUGCCUCAGCUUCAGGAGGUGUCCAGAGGACCGCAGUCGGUCCACGCCAGGCGAUCCCCUCUGAGGACGACGACGAGCCCGACCACGACACCACCGGCGGACGACCACUGCCUCCUGAGCCACCACGACACUCUUCCUUCGAGCCGCGACAGCAGCGGAAGAGGCGCUUUGGAGAGCCGCAGCAGCGAGACCAUCAGGCGCAGAGCUGGCAGACUUGCCAUUCAGGCGAUGCAGCUCCACUUCGAGGCCGACAGCGCCGACAGAUCACACACCGCCGACGAGAGCUCCGCCGGACCAGUACGUGCCUUACACCACGAGCGAGCUGCGCCUACCACCGUCCCCACUUACACGCAGGAGAGCAUGCAGGAGGAUCUCGACGACUUCAUCUACGGACGCCGCUGAUGCUCUCUCCUGACGCACUCGACCGACCACCACCACUGUAUCAUUCCAUUUUCCCUUUUCUUUUUCUUUUAUUGAGUCUGUUUAACUCUCUCCUUGGUUUCUUUUCACACCGGGUCGGUGUGAAGUAA